AUGGAUCGUCAGCGGCCUGCGCGGCUGUCGCAUGCGAGAUUUUCGAAGAACCAUGCAGGAAGAACACAUUCCAUGAAAGAUAAAGCGGGGCAGAUGCACAAGCCUCUGGAUGUAUUUGAUUUUCCUGAUGAUUCUCGGUUCUCAAGACUCAGCGGGCUGGGCGAAAAUGAGAAAGAUGAAGACUCAUAUGAAACCUUUGACCCUCCUCUACACAGCACGGCUAUAUAUGCUGAUGAGGAAGAAUUCUCCAAGCACUGCGGGUCACAUCUCCCCUCAAUUCCUCAAGAAAAAGAAGCAGAGAGAAGUUCAGACACUUCUGAAAUUGAAGCAAGUGAAAACGAGUCUAUAAAGAUUAGUGCCAAAAAGCCAAGAAGAAAACUCAAGCCCAUCAGUGACGAAUCUGAAAGCCCUGAAGAAAGUGAUGUAAGGAGAAAAGUUAAACCCACAGAGAACAUAAAUACACGGCAUGGAGCUGUUUCAGCUACAGCACUUCCAGAACUUUCAGAGAAACCAGCUGAAGCGGUCACUCUUCAGAAUACAGGACCCCAGAGUGCUGAGUCCUCUGCUGAGAAAGCAACGCUAGCCACAGAACGUCAGCUGAAAACUCAGAAGAAUAAGAUGUUUCCUGGCAAAAGGAAGAAACCAAGAAGUGACGCCACAGACUCAGAUACUUCCGACUGUGCACCUAUCUGGUGUUUAAAAGAAAAGAAAGCCAGUGACAUCAUGGAAUUAGAUGUGUUUUUGUCUGCAUUCGAGAACAUUCUCCUAGAGUAUGAACAGAAAAUAGACUCUCGAGUUUGUAAGGCAGCCAUCAACAAAUUUCAUUCUGAUUUGAAAGAAGAACUCAUCAAAAUGCUUCAAGACAUCCAGAUGUUGAAGACUCUGAAAAGGAAGAAUGCUAAGAUGAUCUCCGAUAUCGAAAAGAAAAGGCAGCAUUUGAUUGAAGCCCAGGAUGAAUUGCUUCGGGUAGAACCAGAGCUGAAACAACUACAAAUAAAGUAUGAGGAACUUCAGGAGAGAAAAGCUUCCCUUAGGAAGGCAGCAUAUUUCCUGUCCAAUCUCAAACAGCUUCAUCAAGAUUACUCAGAUGUUCAAGAGGAAGAACCAAGUGUAAAGGAAACAUAUGAUUCAUCCAGCCUUCCAGCUUUGCUGUUCAAAGCAAGACCCCUUUUAGGAGCUGAAAAUCAUCUGCAGAAUAUCAACUGUCAAUUAGAGAAGCUCCUUGACCAGAAAUGA